CACCACCACCUCAGGAGUCCCACCCUCUCUUACACUCAUUUUAUUUUUUUCUCUGAUCGAGCUGUUCAAGUUAGCCUCCGCCAACUAUCCGUGCCUCACCAUGCAACCAACGUUUCUUUCUGAAUUACUUGUAUUUGCUUUUCCUUUACCGGUUCUGAUAUUCCUUUCUCUCUCGUUAUUUUCGUUGCUUUUACUUUUCCAUCAAUGGCACCACCCAAAAGACAAGCGACUACUCCCUCCAGGCUCUAUGGGUUUGCCUUAUAUUGGAGAAACCCUCAAACUCUACACCGAAAACCCAAAUUCCUUCUUCUCCAACAGACAAAAAAGGUAUGGAGAUAUAUUUAAGACCCACAUAUUGGGUUGUCCAUGUGUGAUGAUAUCAAGCCCAGAAGCAGCAAGGGUUGUUUUGGUAAGUAAGGCUUAUUUGUUCAAGCCAACAUAUCCACCAAGUAAAGAGAAAUUGAUUGGACCAGAGGCACUAUUCUUUCAUCAAGGUGACUAUCAUUCAAGGCUCAAGAAGUUAGUGCAAUCCUCCUUUUUACCCUCAGCACUAAAAGGGUCAGUUUCAGAGAUUGAACAAAUUGUUUUGAGACUUCUGCCUACUUGGAAUCACAACACAAUCAACACUCUACACGAAUUGAAGAGGUAUGCUUUUGAUGUGGCAAUGAUUUCGGCUUUCGGAGACAAAAAGGAGAUACAGAUGGAGGGAAUAAAAUGUCUGUACCAAUACGUAGAGAAGGGAUACAAUUCCAUGCCUUUGGAUCUACCUGGAACUCUCUUUCACAAAGCAAUGAAGGCAAGGAAGCUUCUGAAUGAGAGAUUAAGGAGAGUGAUACAGAAAAGGAGAGAGAGUGGAAAACAAGGUGGAGGUUUGCUGGGGGUACUAUUGGGACAGGAGCAACAGAAUCAGCUUAGUGAUUCUCAAAUCGCUGACAACAUAAUUGGAGUGAUUUUCGCCGCACAUGAUACCACUGCUAGUGUCCUUACCUGGGUUCUCAAAUACUUACAUGACAAUCAAGAUCUAUUGGAAGCUGUGGUGAGGGAACAAGAAAGAGUCGGACUUAAGAAGAUGGAGGGAGAUCGGGGACUUAUUUGGGAUGAUACCAAAUCCAUGCCGUUGACAACCCGGGUAAUCCAAGAGACACUAAGGACGGCAAGUAUACUUUCAUUUACAUUUAGGGAAGCAGUAGAAGAUGUGGAGUUCGAAGGCUACUUUAUCCCAAAAGGUUGGAAGGUUCUUCCACUCUUCAGAAGCAUUCAUCACUGCCCAGAUUUCUUCCCCAAACCUGAUAAAUUUGACCCUUCAAGAUUCGAGGUGCCACCAAGACCAAACACGUAUCUGCCAUUUGGGAAUGGAGUGCACUCCUGUCCAGGAAGUGAGCUGGCCAAGCUUGAGAUGCUUGUCCUCCUUCACCACCUCACCACCACUUACAGGUGGCAAGUCGUAGGGGACGAGGAUGGCAUAAAAUAUGGGCCUUUCCCAGUGCCCAAACGGGGUUUGCCCAUAAAAGUAACCUCCAGGGACCAGAAGACGACAAAAUGAUAGUUACAAGCCUUUGUGGAUUUCUCAAAUCACAAAUCUCGAAGUUUGUACAAUGGGGUCCAAAGCAAAGCAAUGGCAAUGGAUCCCCCACACAGUCCUCUUUUCCUUUUCUUUUUUUUUUUUUUGAUUAUUUCUGUUUGUAUUUCUAAGCUUGUCAAAUCAUGUAAUAUAAAAUGUUCUGUCCAACAAAAUA